AGCAAGUGGACAAUAAAUCUGUACUUAGUGUUCAUUUUAGAAGAUCUAACUUCUAGUUGUCACUUGUCAAUAAACUUAAUGAGAUAUUAAUUUAACAGUUAAAAUGCAAAAGGUGGUUUUUAUAUGUAUUUUUGCGAUCAUCUACCAAACUGUGUUUACUGUUGGGUACGAGAGAACAUGGAUUUUACGCCAAAAACGAAUGACAAAUGAUGAUGAAUGCCGAACUCUCCUUCCAAGCUCGGAAAAGAAAUUACCUUCGUGUUGUCAAAUGCCAAAUAUACUACCCGGGUUGGACAGUACUUGGGAAAAAUGUUAUGAGAAAUUCAUACAAUUCAAGGAUAAACCUGAAACAAAAGAAUAUAAAGAAAUGUCACAUGGAAAAGAGCCACCAUGUCUAUUUCAAUGUAUUUUCAUGGAAUCUGGAUUAACUACUAAUGACGGAAAACUCAAUGAAGAUGCCAUCACAAAAAAAAUGACCGAAGGAAUAAACAAUGAUGAAAAAUGGAAGUCUACAUGGAAGAAGUCUCUCGAUAAAUGCUUUGAUGAUGUCAAACAAGAAGAUAAGAAACAAAUUCUAAUCAUGAAUACUCCAGCAGGAAGAUUGAUGAAAUGUUUCUUAAGAGAUAUAUACAUGAACUGCCCAGAAAAUGUAUGGGUUGAAAGCUCAGAAUGUCUGAAUGUGAAGAAUUUGGUGCAAAAAUGUCCAGAAAUGCCCCCGCCAGUAUUCCAAUCCGCACCCAAAUUAAUUUAAUUAGGAAAAUUACUCAUCUAUACUAGUAAAGUACAUUUUUAAGAUUAAAAAAAGUACUUCUUUUAAGUUGAAUGUAAUAGAUUAAUAAUAAAUACUUUAGAAUUUAAAAAAAAAACGGUUUUUUAUUUAAUUAUUUUUAAUUUUGUUGAAUAACUUGAAUUUAUGUGACAAAAAUUGAAACAAAUCUUAAUUUAGAAAGACUUAAUGAACAUCUAUGAGGGAGAGGUUUAUGAAAAAACAAAUAUCAA